AUGGAUUACACACAUAUCGCAGAGCUCAGUCCAGAGCUGGCCACGAUCGAAUCGAAGCAGUUCCGAGCGACCGUCACGUUGAUAUGGCCGUAUUCGUCAUCGACGCGACAAUUUGCCCUACUGCUCGCUGAGCCCGAACUACGACUACGGCGCAAGAAUGGACAAGUCAGAGCGCGCUUCUCUGGCGCCAGCGCGAAGGCCAUUGCGACAGCAGGCGUGGGCAUUGGCGAUGAGGUGGUCUUGAGCCUACGAGGCGCUGAGUUUGUUAACGAAGGCGCCGUCAGCACACCAGGCAAGAGCAUUGAGUGGGAGCUAUCGUACACACAGAAAGUGGUGAUCCGGGUUUAUCGCAAUGGCAGCGAAACAGCAAGUCUCGAACUCGUCGAUGCCGCGCCCACGCCUGCGACCGGAUCGCCUGUCCGCCCAGCAGCCCCGACGCCUGCGCGCGAAUUCUCCUCCCCUGCUUUCUUCAAGCGGGCGCGAUUGUCCGACGGACCCUCCUUCCCAGCACCCUACGAUCCCUUGGCGGACGAGACGGAAGACGUCCAUGACCGAAAGCGACCUAGGAAGUCAUACGGGGACUGGAAGGCGUGGACAUACAGCGCGAGGACACCAUCGCCGGAGAAAGAGGACGUGGACAUGGAAGAAGAGCUCGAAUCUGUUGAAGUGUCGCCUAGUCGCGCAGGGCAACUUCCACGUACCCCCGUCUCGCCUCAACGACCAGCCAGGCCCUUGCAUGGUCAGGAAGGUGAAGAGACGGAGCCGAAUACUCCAACAGACGAGGGUGCAGAGGUCGUUGGCGAGUCUUCUACGGGGCCACCAAAGGACGCCGAUUCCCACCAUCUCUACACUGGCCCGGACGAACACCCACCAUCAGAUGCACAAUAUGCUUUUGGAGGCGAUACCGAGAUUGACACUGAGGUUAACACCGAGGAAGAAGGCAACACGCGCGAUGAGCUUAAUGCUACCAGCACUAGCACCACCGAGGCGGAUGUCGAAGAACAACAAGACGGACCACUUGAGCGCGUCCAAGAACCAGUGGUUGACAUAGAGGCGGUCACAGGAAAGGAUAAGAUGAAUUCGACUCAUGAAGCAAGCUCCUCGGAAGUCGUAGAACCACAUGUGGAAACCGAACCCGUGCCCGCCGCUGGGGCUGACAACCACGACAACAACGAGCUUACGAUUGCUAUGCCUCCUCCCGCCUUCCCAUCGGUCGCCGCAGGCUUGUUGACGCCCAUCGGUCGAGAGCCUGAAAGUCCAACGCUUGCGCCACAAGACGCCUCCAAUCUUCCAUUGCCGUCACCGUUUCCAGGAGAGCAUGAUGUUGAUGCUGCGUCUUACUUUGGCAUUGCUACUACUAUCGAACAGCCGGUCGAAGCCGAUGCUACGGGAGACAAGGAAGAAGAUCCACCAAGUGAAGCGAGCUACAUCGGCGAGACGUCCUUCUUCAGCUCAAUAGGCUCAUCGAGAGCUUCGGUGUUCCACCCGAAUCACGAGUCGGCCUUCACACCUGUACGAUUCACAUUCGGCAUGGACGGUGCUGGCUAUUCUCGCCCCAUGGAGCUAUCAUCUCCUCCGCCGGAAGCUCAGCCAGUCGAGGAGAAAGCUGAGAUCAUCGAUGUUUCAACCUCGCCCGCCCCCCGCGAACACGACAAUGGCGAUUUGGAAGCAGAAGAUAUAUCUCAGUCACGCCUGAGCACUCCCCAGAGCGAUGAUACAGAUGGGCCCGUUGAAGAUUUGACUACUGCAAAUCCAGAGAUGGUUGAAGACGAAACGGCCGAGCCAGAAGUCGUAGAACUCUCCUCGGAGGACGAAGAAGAAGCCUUGAGUGAGAUCGAGCCGGAAUCCAUGGCAGUUGAAUCUAUGAUGCAGCCCAACACUGCUCAGCAGCCUGAAGAGGAUUCCAAUGUCUCGGAUGAUAUGCAAUUUGUGACCGGAAGCCUAGAAGACAUCCGUGGCCACGCACUGGAUACAGGCACACAACAUUCCACAGCUACGUCAGCUAUCGUCGAUUUGGGCUCCCCUUCAGAUGAUAACAGCGAGAUCGGCACCAGGCAUGAAGAGCAGCAGCUUAGCUCUAGCCAAAGAGAGUCUCCUUCUCAGGACCAGCCCUCUGCCAUGGAUCUUGGUAACCAGAGUGAGUUUGUAAACCUGGAUUUUGCGACCGCGGACACACAUGCUCUUAAUACAUCAGAGGAGCGAACAAUUACUCACACUAAAUCUCAGGAACCGGAGCCUGAUGUUGUACCACACCCCACGGAGGAACCGUUUUCACCUGUCGUUGACCUGCCAGAACCGAGCUUGGAGGCUACUGACGACUACUUGCAAGAUGCAUUUCCGAUGGAACACGCGUCAUUCGGGCAGGAACAUGAGCAGAUAGCUGCCUUUGAAGAUGACCGUCAAUCGGAUGUCCACAUGGAAACAAUAGAAGAGUCGGCCGUAUUCCAGGCAGACGAAUUCAAUGACCAAUUAGCGCCUGCCGAUACCGCCCAGACAGCCAAUGAGCCUGUGAGCCAGCAUUUCGUCAUCGAACCUGAGGAUGCCCACAAGAUCGAAAGCAUGAGUGUUGUGCUUGAGCCGCCUGCAAAGAAUACCAGAUCAAAAGCAAAGGCAUCAGCGCCCCUGGAGGAAGAAGAUGCUGUCCCUGAAGCCAACAAACGAUCCAAAAGAUCUGUGACUUCUCAUGCCCGUUCAGCCGUUUCACCACCCAGAACACACACUCGUUCUGCCCUCUCUCCUUCACAGGAAUCCACACAGACUUCUCCUUAUAGUCUUCGUUCACAGUCGAGAUUGUCGCCAAUGGAAAGCUUGUCAACCGGUGCUAGCAUCGCUCGUCAGAGAGGCUCGCGUAGACAUGCUUCGCAAAGAAGUGUAGACUCCAUACCCGAUAUUGAAGUAUCCCAAACGCAGGAGUAUGACCGAAUCGUUUCCAGUUUCCAGCCGUCGCAGGAGUUGGGUGCCUCACAAGGCAGAUAUUCCGAUGUCGCUUUCAUCAAAGACUCUGAAGAAGAGAGCGCACGCUCUAAGUAUUCGAUUUCUACUUUGCAUCCCUCAGACAUGGAGUAUAUGCAUCACAGCGACCCUGUCGACCGUGCCAAUGCUUUUGAUGAUGAGAAUGAUGAAGGCUUGAAACCGCCGCCAGCAACUGCGCCAGAGUUAGGGCCUUCAAAGAAGAAGGUCAGAGGGAAGAAGAACGCGCAGCAAAGUGUGGAGAUGAGGAGUAGUAGUCCUGCUCAACCCGAAUCUCCGUACGUUACACAGCCAUUGGUCAGCAGUCCAGGUACGCAACGACAUGUAGCGCGAUCAAAGGACACGAUAACUCCCAGCCCACGUAACGUACGAAGAACGAGGAGGAAAGUAUACGAUCUUCCAGGUGGAGGUAGCCAAGACGUCGGUGAUAUUGACGCGCUCAUGCGCAGCUCACCACCCGUUUCACCUAGGAUCGACCAACGGACAAGACAACAGGGCAAAAAGCCCGUCACCCCUGUUGCAAGCCAGCAGACUGCCAUGGAGUCGCAGCCCAGCAUCAACGCCCAACAUGAACAGAACACCCUUUUGACGCCUCAGCUUACGCAAACAACAUCUGCAGGUCUGCGCUCCGUCCAAGCCGAGACCGAGGUCGACAUGGAAGUCUUGACCGCAUCACCAGAGCCCAAAACAACACCGCGCCGUAAACACAGAUCGGUCGACGCAGCAACUAUUCCCGCAUCUCCAACCUUGAUUGAUCCAUCGUCCGACGACGCCAACACUGACGCGCCCGAUCCACCCUCUGUCGGCCUUUCCACUCCGCUAGCUUACUAUACUCCUCUAAAGGACCUCGUCUACUUCCUCAACCGCUCCUCCGACUUCCACUCCGCUACCAAACCCGACGUACUUGCCCUGGUCACCUCUCCUACUACGCCAAGCGAAAAGGCCAAGAAGGGACCAAAACACUGGUUCACCAGUCUUCAGAUAACGGAUGCUAGCUCCUGGCCCGAGACGACAACGGUACAGGUCUUCCGCGCUUAUCAGAAUGCACUUCCAGAGGCGCAGGUCGGCGAUGUGGUCCUACUCCGAGCGUUCGCUGUCAAGUCGUUGAACCGGCAUCCCAUGCUUAUAAGCGCGGAUGAGAGUGCAUGGUGCGUAUGGCGAUGGGGCAAACCUAUCUGGGGGGCGAAGAGAGGUGCAUUUGGUGAAUUGAGAGCAAGAGAGGAAAUGAAAGGACCGGUUGUUGAGAAGGGUGCAGGGGAGUGGCGAGAAGUGGAGAAGUUGAGAGAUUGGUACACUGCGAAGAUAGGUACUGAGCUGGCAGAGAAAGAGGAGGCAAGGGUCCGAACGAGGAGUAAAGACAAGGGGAAGGAGCCGGUGGAUAUAGAUGCAUGA